AUGGAAAGUUACUUCAAAGCUGCAGUCUGUGACUUGGACAAAUUGCUUGAUGAAUUCGAAAAGAGUGCAACAGAUGAAUGUGAUUGCUACAGAACACCUCAAAAUCCAUAUGACUCAAAACACCAUUCGCCUUCUUCCGUUCUGGAUUGCUUGCAAUGUGUAUACCCAACACCAAAACAGCAAGAGGAUGCUAACAGUUGUACUUCGUCAGAAGAAAUCUCUCUAGCUAGCCACAUUGGAACAAGUGAAGAGCUUCUGAAUUACUCACAACAAAAUGAGAAGAGUGUUGCUGGGCCUGAUCUUUUGUCUACUGUGGACAGUGGUUCCUUAAGUGAAACUCAGGCUUCAAAUCUAGGGAGGUGUAGUAUACCUGUAUGUGAUCUUGUUAAUGACACAGGUAACUUGGUCCAUUCAGUAGCUGCUCAUGAAGAUGCUCAAAAGUUGCAGCUGGAUGAUUUGCAGUACAGGGAAGGUUUGAUUUGCUUUGGCACAUCUUCCUUACCUGUUCCUACUUGUGUGUCAUCAGCUGGAUGUAGCAGUGUUUCAAGUACAGGGCAGAGUGAUGGAGACUCAAUGCUACAAGAUUCAGGACAUCUUAAAACAGGGGAGAUGAAUCAUUCAUCUUUAAAACCAGACAGUUACACUACAACAGAGAUCUCAGAUCCGUGUGAUGACCAACAUGGGACAGAGUCGGUGAAGUGCAGUGGAGAAUUUGAUCAGCAUGAACAAACUGCUUGUCUUAAUCCUCCAUGUGUCCCUGUAACAUCGCAGAAUUUGGACAUGCGUAAUCCCAAAGAUGAGAAAGCAUGCGAAAAAUUGCCUUGUGAAGCACAAGAUGAAAGUGCAUGCUCUGCUGUAAGCAAGGAGAUGCAUGGAAGAAGUGCCAUAGAAAAGGUAGACUCAAAAGAUGAGAACGAUGUUGAAUCUGUGCCUGCAGAUCUGACAAAGAGGCUUCAGUUGCAUGAAAACCAUACAGCAUUACCUGGAAGUUCUGUUUUACUGGACUCUUUAUGUCAAACAGGAGCUAAAGUAGAACUGGAAGAGAAAAUCACAGAAGAGAAUGUAGGUAAUAAGGAACUUCAUAGCAAUGAAGUACUAAACACUGUUUCAAGUUCAGUUGAGGAUGUCCAGACUUCACUCUCAUGUCUUCCACUUCCUGUGUCUCUAUGUGGUUCAUUAAUUGCAACAGAAGAAAAAGUUAAUCCUCUACCUCAAAAGGAAAUGGCAGAGGUUAUUAGUAAUAUUUUAACUGUUCAUACUGUAAAGUCUAGCACUGAUCUUUCUAUCAGGGAAUCCUGUGAAAACUCUGACUUACAUGAACAGGAAGGAUAUACAGCAAAAAUUGAUGAAUGUGUGGAAAAAAGUAGAGAUGGAGAGAAGUAUGACACAGAGAAUGUCAUUGACGACAGUGAUUCUCAGCAAAUCAAAGCUUUUGCUUCUGGUUUUCUGGAAUAUGAAACUGAGCCAUACAGUGUUCAUAUAGACUCUGAUUGCAAUGGAAGCAUGAGCCCGGUUAUGGCUGACUUCGCUGUUGAGAAUGUUAUUAAAAGUGAUAAUCUAAUAAGUGAUGCUGAGCUUGAUGCUUUCUUAUAUGGACAAAGUCUUCCGCCCAAUGUGUUGAAAUCUUCAGACAAUGAUAGUAUCUUAUUGGAAGCUGAUGCAGAUGAAGGGAAUCUAACAGAUGUGAACAAUCUGGAUUUCACAGAGGUCACUGAAGAGCAUACGCAAGCAAAACUGAACACAAGUGUUAGUAGUAAUCUUAAAGUAUCUCUUACUGCCAAUGAAUCAGACUCUGCAACAGAAGAGGCUGCGUCUCACAUUCAGGCCAUGACUGAGAGUGGUAGUGAAACGCUAGUUUCUAAUGUUCAUAGUGAAGGAGCAAGACCAAAGCGGUUGCUUGGCCUUUCCCCAGGAACUGUUGGUCAGAGACAACUGAACAGAGCAGAUGUACUUGAGAGAGAAAACCAGGAAGCCAGUUCUCUUACCCUAGAAGCUCCCAUCUCAGGCCCCAGCAUAAAGGUUGGUAAAAAUUCUGACCCUGUGUGUUCUAGGGAAAGCAGCUCUGAAGCUGGAGGAAAUCAAACAUCUAAAAAUGCAACAUCACCUAAAAUACCUGCAACUCUCUCAUGGAAACAACCGUUGUGGGUUCCUGAUUCAGAAGCACCCAACUGCAUGAACUGCCAAGUCAAGUUUACAUUUACAAAAAGACGACACCACUGCCGUGCAUGUGGAAAGGUUUUUUGUGGUGGUUGUUGCAAACGAAAAUGCAAACUACAAUUCAUGGAGAAGGAAGCAAGAGUCUGUACUGGCUGUUAUGAUUAUAUUAAAGCACAGGCAUUUGAAAAGAUGAGUUCAGCUGAUCCUGACCCCAAUUCCACUACUUCCUGUGAGCCUUCUGCUGCUGAUUCACCUACAAAGGAAGUCCAGGCAUCUGAUGCUUCUGCUAUAACUUCUUCACCUAUGUUUGGACUUAGACAACCCAAUAUUAAAGAGCUGUCUCCUGGAGAAGAGAGGAGGAUUGAUUUUGUGAAUCAUCUUCCAAGUGCCAAAAUAGAAGAUGUAGGAAGACUUUCACCUACAGCACAAGGAUUAUCUCCAAAUGUAGUUAACCCUGACUUGCCAGAAAUGCAUAUGGCUGCAAAACCAGAGGCAGAUGAUGUAUCAACCAAUGUAAAUCCAGAACCUGUUGAAGAAGUUAAUCUAGUUAAAAGAAUGGAGGGAUUACAAUCUUCUUUCUCUUCAGAUGAUGCACAGCAAGCUAUUGCAGGCCCAGUCAAGAUGGCACACAAAUACACAUUUGAUACUCCAGAAACUAGAGAGUAUUCUUCUACUGCAGAAGCUGUGGGCACUAGUUGCAGUUCAAUUCCUCAGGCUGUGGGUGUUAUGUUACCCAGUCCUUCACGUUACAGACAACUCUGUGGUGUUGAAAACUGUGUCAGUAAAGCAAUCAGCCUUGUUCCUGAUGGUGAUCAACUGCCACCACUUCUGCUUGCAGUGAGUGAGAAAGGAAAAGAUCCUCUGGUGGAAGAACAGCCAUCUCGCCAACAGGUCAUCUUUCUUCUUGCGGGAAGCAGUCCUUAUCCAGUAACUUUUAUCCUAAAUGCAAACUUGCUUGUAAAUGUCAAGCUAAUGACUUAUUGUUCCAAAAAGUGCUGGUACUUCUCAACAACUGGACUGCAUGGUUUGGGUCAGGAGGAAAUUAUGAUUCUGUUGCAGUGUUUACCAAAAGAAGAAAUCUUUCCAGCUGAAAUGUUCAAAUUAUUUACUGACAUCUAUAAGGAUGCAAUGAACGGAAAGUUAAUAAAAAACAUGGGAAAUAUUACUUUUACUGAAAAGUUCCUUGGUACAGAAGACUGGGGAGGAUUCCUUUUUGUUUCACCAACUUACCAGAAAUUUGAUGAUCGGAUUCUACCAGAUAAACCCUAUCUUUGUGGCAUUCUCAUCCACAAGCUGGAAAUACCCUGGCUGAAAGCUUUUCCAAACCGGUUAUUGUCUAGCUUGGGAGCAGAAUUUGAGACAUAUCCAGUGCCUCUACUAAGUGUCAGAGAGCGGAAACCGAUGUUUGCAGAGAUCGGAUGCACAAUUUUUCAAGUACUUGCUGACUUUGCAAAUGAUCAGUAUACUGUGGAUACCAUAGACAACCUGUUUGUUCACCUGGAAGAUGAUAGAUGCUGUAUUAAAAUACCCCUAAGGAAGUAUAAUGAGGUAAUGAAGGUGAUAGAUUCUUCUGAUGAACAUGUGAUUAUUAUUGGAGCAAAUCCUAGUAAUGAGGCAGAUUCUUACUUAGUGUGUGUGCAGGGUGAAGAUGGCCUCUAUCAGACUAAAACAGUCAGUGCUACUGGAUGUCCUAGGAGAGUUACCAGUGCAAGUUUUGUGGUGUUCAAAGAGGCAAGUUCACCUUCAAGACUUCCAGCUAAAUACACUACAAUUGAAGAUGGAAUAAUAGUACAUGUAACAACAGAAAUCUUGCAAAACCUACGUAAGGCAUUAAGAGACAAGAAGGACUAUAAAAUUAUUUGUUCCAAAACGGAUACAGGCAAAGUAAAGAAAUGUGUAGAUAUUUGCUGGGUAAAAGAUGAAGACCAAACAAACAAAAGAAUUUUAAGCCCUGUGGAUGGACUAUCAAUGGAAGGAACUCUGAGUGAAAAAAUAUUCCAAGACAGAAACUUUGAAGGAAUGGGGAAAGCUCUGAACUGUACUGAAGUAUACUAUUUUGUGAACAACCAUGAACUGACCAAUCCUGUUCUUCGCCUGUUUGCUGAAGAGAUUGCUGCUGGCAGCAGUACUGCUCUUUGCCCACACAUUAGCAGCUUGAAAGAUAGUGGGAUGAAUAAGAUAGGCAUACGAGUUUCUGUUGCUGCAGAUACGGUUGAGUACGUCGCUGGAUCUGAAUGUUGCCUUCUUCCACAGAACUAUCUAAACGAAUUGGACAGUACCCUGGUUCCUGUGAUUCAUAGCAGGAUGUUAGAUCCUGAAAGUCUACCACUAAAAUUGGAAUUACUCUUUUUCAUUGUCGAACGUCUGCAUUGAGGCUGAUUACAGGAAAUACACUGAUUUGCUAUAUAUGAACACCAAAGUUUUGAUGCUACACACACUAAAAAUGUUAAAGUUUCUAAACCUAUUAUGUUUCAAUAGAUUUU